AGUCCCUCUAUCCUGGCCAUAGCUCUCACUGAGCUAUUCAAAAUUUCUGUCAAAAUUUCUAUAACUUUUCGGUUCUUUUUCUAAAUUAAUUUAUUAAUAAAAUUCCCUGAAAUGCAUCCCAUGGAUCCUCACAACGAGGCGGCCUACUCGUUGGUGAUCCUUGGGGCUUCGGGUGCUGUGGCCCGGCAGAAGCUAUUUCCGGCGCUAUGGACUCUCUUUCGGGAUAAUCGUUUGCCGCAAAACCUCCGGAUAUUCACCUUUUGCCGCUCUCCGCUGCAGACAAAGGUCUUCCGGCUGCAGGUGUUGCCCUACAUGAGCCUGGACAGGUCCAAGGACCCUGAUAAGUACAAUCGUUUCUGGAAGACUGUGGUGUGCGUGCAGGGCGAGUAUGAUAAGCCAGAUCACUUUGUGUCUCUGGCGGCAAAGAUCCUGGAAUUUGAGGCGCAACAUUCUCAAUCACCGGCAAAUCGGAUCUUCUACUUCGCUCUGCCGCUGGUGGUUUUCGAUAUAGUGGCCCUGAAUAUCAGCCGCAAGUGCGGCUCCCCAAAAGGCUGGACUCGGAUAGUUUUGGAGAAGCCUUUCGCCCGCGACGAUCUCACAUACAAGAGCUUCCAGAAUACGCUAUGCACCUGCUUUAAGGAGUCGCAAAUCUACCUCAUGGACCACAUGUUGAGCAAGAGGGUGCUUCAGAACUUCAUGGCUUUGCGUUAUGCCAAUUACCUGUGGGCUGCCACCCUGAACAACCAACACGUGGCCGCCGUGAUGAUCUCGGUGAAGUGCGAGCAUCCUGUGCGUGCCUCUCGAGCGGAAUACUUCAACCAGUUCGGCAUCAUCCGGGACCUGAUGACCAACCACAUGAUCCAGAUGCUGGCCAUGCUCGUCAUGGACCAGCCAUAUGGAGACAAAAUAGAGGAUCUGCGUUCAGAGCGAUUGACGGCACUCCGUCAGGUGCUGACCCUCAGUAUGAGUGAUAUUAUCAUCGGCCAGUAUCGCAACAACCGACGGGAGGAGGAUCCGGCCAAGUGUGGUUACACAGAGCAUAGCUACAUACCCAAGGACUCUUUUCAGCCCACCUUCGCCCUGGCAGUGCUCAACAUAAACAACAGGCGAUGGACCGGAGUGCCUUUCAUCCUGCGGGCGGGAAAGGCUCUCAACGAUAGUAAGUCCGAGGUGAGGAUCCAAUACAAACCAGUGGCGAAUUGCGAUAUACACGAUGACAGUGCAGAAGCAAGAAAUGAACUGGUUAUCCGCUGGCAUCCCACAGAGGAGGUCUUCAUGCGUGUCCGCCUGAAGCGGCCGGGCGAGGAAAUGUCCCUGAGGGAAACGGAACUCAAUUUGCGAGUGGACGACCGCGGCCCUGGUUCAAGAGGAUUAGACCGGUACGCCAGCUCUAUAAUGGAUGUCUUUAACGGGGAUCAGACCUACUUCAUGCGCACUGAUGAACAAUGCGAAAUCUGGCGAAUCUUCUCCCCGAUCCUCACCACGAUCGAGGAAGAUCGUCCUCGGCCCCUGUCCUAUGACUUUGGUUCAAGAGGUCCUCCGCAGGCUUAUCAGUUUGCUACGCAGGCCGGCUUCGCCUUCUUCGCCUCCGAUGAGUGGCACGAGAGCGAGGAAACGCUGGCGUAUACGCUGAAGAAGAGCCGGAUCCUCAUCGGGCCCCACACAGCCCUAAAGCCGGAGCGGGUGAACAAAGCCAAGAAAUCUCUGCCGAAGGUCUAAUAAAAUCAACAGCGAAAGUUUUUUAAUUAAACAAGUGCUGAGGCUGGUGUGCUACUGCUGCACCAGAUGGCCAGUAUCCUCCGCCUUCGCCUCCACCUCCAGGCUCUCCAGCUUGACCGCUCCACUGGCCCUGGCUUAGCCAGAGCCAUCAACACUAUCCAUCCCGGUCAGUUUGGCUUCGUUCUGGUGUAGUUGUUGGCCAUGUUGCCCUGGAAGGGAAUAAAUAACACGCAUGAUUUGGCCAUUGUCCCUUGGCUGGUCUGGUGGUCGCAAGGAGCUCGUAAAUAACAGGGAAGAGUUCUCCUGAUGAGCAAAUGAGAACUUCGAAAUGCUCUAGGAAACUUCUUGUGAAAUCGUAUGUACAAUUUUAUUAGUUUGGCUAAUUAAAAUGUAAUAAUUUUGUUGUA